AUGGAGUUUGCUGAAGAGCAUCCCGAGGCCGAGGUUCUAGGCAUGGAUCUUUCAGCUACGCAGCCAGAAUUUACACUGCCAAAUGUGAAGUUUGAGAUCGAUGAUCUAGAAGAAGAGUGGACGUACUCUCGGCCCUUCGAUUACAUCCAUAGCCGGAUGAUGACCUCAAGCGUCGGAGACUGGAAAGUAUACCUGAAAAAGUGUUUUGAUAAUCUUACACCUGGCGGGUACGUGGAACUCAACGAAAUCGAUCUCAAUCCCGGCUGUGACGACGACACCCUCAAGGCCGACUCUGUGCUCUACAAGUUCGUCCACUUGUGGGGAGAAGCUGCUGCAAUUUUUGGGCGACCUUUUCAAGAUAUCAAAGCCUUGAAAGAUGUACUGGUCGAAGUAGGGUUUGAGGACGUGUACAUCCAGAGAUUCAAAUGGCCGAAUAAUCCUUGGGCAAAGGAUAAGAAGCAUCGAGAGCUGGGGUAUUGGAAUUACGACAAUUUUGCCGCUGGCUUGGAAGGAUUUGUUAUGGCUCCUCUCACAAGAGCACACAAUUGGACGCCCCAAGAGGUUACGGUGCUGUGUAUGGAGGUGCGGAAGGAAAUGAACAACCCGAACGUUCAUUCCUAUUCUUCUAUUUGGUCGAUCUACGGAAAGAAGCCUGAGAAGGUGGCGACUCCAGAUCAUUAA